UCCACGCCCGAGGUAGGAUGGCCAGCCUUCUGGGUGUGGAGGGAGGCCACGCUAUCGGAGACAGCCUGCCGGUGCUUCGGAGUCUCUACUCUCUGGGUGCCCGCUACCUGACCCUCACACACACCUGCAGUACCCCGUGGUCAGAGCAUUCCGAGGUUCCACCGAUGGACCAGAAGGGACUUGCAGGCAUUGGAAAGCAGGUGGUUCGCGAGAUGAACCGUCUGGGGAUGAUGGUGGACCUCAGCCACACCAGUCUGCAGACUAUGCGGGACGUACUGGCGGUGAGCAGGGCACCAGUGAUAUUCUCUCAUUCGGCCGCCCAGUCGCUCUGCAACAUCUCGCGAAACGUGCCCGAUGUCAUCUUACGACAACUGGCGUUGCAGGGCGGCCUGGUGAUGGUCAGCUUCUACAGUCGCUUCCUCACGUGCUCCGACACUGCCACCGUGGACGAUGUGAUCGCCCACAUUGAGCACAUCCGGUCGGUGGCCGGACCUCAGCACGUCGGUCUCGGGGCCGGCUACGACGGUAUCAACCGGGUACCUCUCGGCCUUCCGGACUCCUCCUCCUAUCCGGUGCUAGUGACUCGGCUGUUGGCCAGACCGGGCUGGUCAGAACAGGACGUCAAGGCACUGGUUGGCCUCAACUUCCUCAGGGUCUUCAGGAAGGUGGAAAAGGUGCGGGACCGCCUGUCUGCUGAAGAGCCGCUGCCGCUGGACAGGGUGACCCCGGAGAUACCGGCCCACCUCACCAGCGCGUGUUCUUAUCGAGUGCCGCUUCACACGCACUGAGACGGAGCUGAUACGUUUGGAGGUUAUGAGGGCGAGAAUGUAUCCUUUAGAACGCGCUGCUUUGAUAUAGACUCGAACUUCGAAGUGUGCUGAGAACUGUGAGACCACAGACCACUACAUUUACGACAUGUAUACUUCUAAGUGGUAUAUGGUGAUCUGAAUGGGUGCCAUUAUUUGAUAUACCUCAAGAUAGCGUGAUUCUUUAUUUAUUUUCAACCCACAAUAAGUUGAGUGAAAGAGGCAGCGAGCUGGGAUGUUUAUUUGAGCUGGCCUGCUCUGUUAUUUCAAAGCAAACGUAUAUGGUUUGGAUAUAGCUUCGUGAGUGAUGGCUGAUUUAUGUCCUUUACAGUGUCUGUAUUAGCAGUAGUAACUAGGAGAGGCUGUUUGUCCGUUGUCGACGGAUGGUGCUUAUCAUAAAUGACUGGUGAUUUAUUUGAGAAUCUCUAUUUGGUCCCAAUAAACAUUGCUUGGAAUGGUU